UGUAGUCUGUGCAUUCUCAUAUAUCAGAGGUCGCUGUAGUCGUCAAUGUACUGUUGGUAUUGACGUGAAUUUGCUAAAAACGGAUAAACGUCAGACUUUGCAUGGGUUGCUGGUAAAAAAAUUUCUGUAAAUUUCUGAAGAGUAACAAAAGGAUCAUCACUCAAUCAAAAUGGCAAUGAAAGAGUUAGUGGAACAAGAAUGUGGAGGGUCUAACCCUCUCAUGAAGUUGACUUCACACUUUACUCAAGACAGAGCCUUACAACAGGAAGGUAUCCAAAACAACAUUUUUGGGCAACAGCAUGCACCAUUUUUGGAAAAACCACUUUCUGGUAUCACCAAGGAAGAGAUGGUUGAGGAAUUCAUGUCAGAGACACAGCGCCACCUUCAUCAUAAUGUCGCUCCUCAAACUUUUAAUAUGGAUAGCUUACUGCAAGAAAUGAGGGAGAUUGAGCGGACUUGUCAGCCACCUCUUCCAGGGCCAGGAGUAGCUGAUUUGGCAACCAGCAGAAAUUGGGCUGAAGAGUAUCUUGCUAGCGAAGACAUUGUCCAGGACUCUCCAUUGGCUGACUGGAGCAAGGAAUUUUUUCCAGAACAACAGAUGUUAAACCCUGAUAUUAUCACUGACACUAGAUGGACUGAAGAGUAUAUAGCUUCGUCAGAAGCUAAAAAUUUAGAAAACAACCUUGACCUUGUUGCAAACCAAUGGACUGAUGAAUAUCAAACCCAGGAAGAUACAGAAUUAGCACAAGUGGCCAAUGAACUGCUUGGAACCAUUGAUGAUCCCAAGUUUUCUGAAUCUGAGUUUCUAAAGUUCAUUAGGAAGAUUGGAGAUGGAGAACUUUCUGUAGAAGGGAGCAGUGUUGUUGAAAAAACAGAUGAAGAAAGACAGGCUGAAAUAUGGACCCGAGAAUUCUCGGAAGAGGAUCUGUCUUCUCAACAACAAAAUGGAGAUCAUGCUACUUCAGAUGAGUGGGGUCAAGAGUUUGAGGAGUCUGAAAGGAAACAAGACGAGAAAGAAUAUGAAGAUUUUUGGGAGAAACUUCAGAGUGACCUGGAAGAAAUGUCAAGGGGAGAAAGCAAGGAUCCAUGGAUUUCAGAAUUUGUGGAAAGUGCAUAUGAACAAUCGUACAAGUUUGCGGAGGACAAUGAAUGGCUAGAACAUCCAGAUCCUUUCGAGGAAGGAUUAAAAAAACUGAAGGAAGGAGACUUACCAAGUGCGGUGUUGCUUUUUGAAGCAGCUGUUCAGAAAGAUCCGAAAAAUGGACUGGGACAGAAAUCUGUUUUAGACAUGAAGGUGUUUAAAAGGUCACUUCGACUGUUUAGGCUACUGCGUUCAAGAAACGAUAUACAAAGUGCAAUUACUUGUACAAAAGUUCUUUACUAUCAUUUUUGGAUGAUGGCUUUUAUACCUCUAGUCAUGACAAGAGAACAGUUUGAUGAAGUAAGAGACCUUUACAUCGCAGCAGCAAGGAUUUCUCCCACUGAUCAUGACCCUGAUGUGCAGUGUGGACUUGGUGUUCUGUUCAACCUUUCGGGUGAAUAUGACAAAGCUGCGGAUUGUUUUCAGGCUGCACUUCAGGUCAGACCGGAUGACAGUUUGACCUGGAACAGGUUAGGAGCCACACUUGCUAAUGGAGGUCGAUCUGAAGAAGCAGUAAACUCGUAUCGCAGAGCUUUAGAAAUAUCUCCAGGAUUCAUUAGAUCUCGUUUUAACUUGGGAAUCAGUUGUAUUAAUCUAGGUGCUUAUAGAGAAGCUGCAGGACAUUUCCUUGAAUCUCUUAACCUCCAAGAUGCUGGCAGAGGACCACAAGGUAAGCAGCCACGGACCACCAUGUCCAACAACAUUUGGUCCACGUUAAGAAUGGUGAUGAAUAUCCUGAACAGACCCGACCUCUGCGAAGCCGUAGAUCAGAGAGAUCUGGUCACGUUAAACAGGGAAUUCGGUGAAACCAGGUGACUAUCUCGUCCAGACAUUCACUGUGAAUGUCUCGCCAAUUGGCGUAAUAGCAGAGAGUUGGUUGGUGGAGGGUCAACUUAGGCAGAUUUGAAAAUAAAGCUUCUAGCCUCAGUCGCUGGGUUGCCAGACUUGCACUUCUUCAAGAACUCUCAACUGGUGGAGUACUUUUACAUACAGUUUAAAAGGGGGACAAGCAACUGCCAACUAAUAUAAAAUUAUAUGUAUAAUUAUGUAACAUGCUGUAUAUUGAAGAGCUUUUAGUGUGAUUAAAUAAUAUAGAACUGUUCUAAGUGAACGCUUAUAUCUAGUUAUCAAUUUAGAUGCACACAUUUGCUCUGUCUAGGAAAUUAAAAACUAUAUUAAUCUUUAAGUUACACAUGCUUUUUUUAGUCUUAGGUUGUAAAAUUAAAUAAUGGGUCUUUUUCUGUAUGUGUUUGUUUUGUACAAUUAACACAGACAAAAGUUAAAAGGAAUCUUGUCGUGAAACAAAGUCAUAAAAGUGAAAUUAUAUCAGAACACAAUAUUGAUGAAUGUCAUCAUUAUUACAGUUAAAGAGAUAGAAUACAAGCAAAACUGGGUUCUUUUUUUAUGAAUUCAAGAAUCCAUAAAAAUACGUUUUAGUACAUAUAACUAAAAAAAAUUUACUGGUAAAGGUAAUUCAGUAAAUUUGAAUCAAACAGUAUUUCAUAAAUAGAAAAGUUGAUGGUGUUAUUUUUGAGUGUUUUUUGAACACGCAUUCUUUUAACAACCACACAUUCUGUACAGUAGUGUUAGACUAAGAGAAACAUGAGUUGUUACUGAUUAAAAAUGUUUGUAUUUAGAUUCGUAUUCUAACAGUUGAUAUGUAAUGGUUGUUUUCUCUAUCACGGUAAUCAGAACUGCACACCAUACGUUUCACUAAACUCGAUACUUUGAGUGUGCUUGUAGAAUUUGAUAUCGGCAUCUUAAUCCUCGUUGGAAAAUUAGUUUUCUGUGAGAACAAUGUUAACUCUGUCUACGGUGAUAUGGAAAGUUUGGACUUGUUGCUGACAAAUUGUUCAGUUAAUUGUAGUUGUUGUUUUUUUCACAUUUCCAAAUCAGAAAAAAUUAUGAAAUUUGCCCUGAUAUUUCACCAAAUUCAUGAUUUUUGAAAUUAUAACGUUUGUGUUGUUUAACAAAUGUUCAUUCUGGAUUAUAAAUAAUUUUUGUUUAUUUCAUUUCAUUUUGUAGUAGUUUAUUGAUAUCCAAGUAUCUAAAUAUACUAUAUGAACUAUCUAUGUAUAAAAUCCAUUGCUUCUUAAGUUAUUACGUUAUGAAGAAAGAACUUUACAUUUCUUGUGUUCGGCAGCUUAACUUAGCACUAGCAGAUGUUUUAAGAACAACCAAAAUAUUCAAUUACCAUUACAUAACUUUGGAAAGUGGUUGUUUACAGGUGUUCGAGCAGAAAUUUAUAGUAAAAAAAUCUGUUCUUAUAGGUUUGCAGUACAACUGAAUUUAAGAACACUGUAUAAAUAGGUGCAAAAUUUUAAGGUUUUGACAGUAAGAUUGUCAAAAUAAAAGUAUGCUUGUCACUAUGCUUUUGUGCAUUCACAUUUAAUUAACGCUUCUCUGACUUUUAUAUAAGUAUAUAAUUAUAAUACACAAUUAUAUUUUAUUACAAUUUUUGGGGGGUCACCCUGGAUAUUGUACUUACUAUGGGAAAGCUUAGACUGCUAAUCAAAUACAUACAUUAAAUUGAUUUAGGAACCUCACCAAAUGUUAAAAAAAAAAAAGCUGUAGUAAAGUUAUCAUGUUCAUAGCACACCCAUUUCUACAGUCCAAUUGAAUAGAAAUCCAUAGGUGCUGUGUCCAGUAAUUUGGCUGGUAUAUAUUUGUAUGAAAUAGUAUGAAUACCUGCUUUAUUCUCCCACUGCUUGACAUAUGUGAUGGUUGAACUGACAUGUUGUGGAAGCAAUUUGUGUGGUUUUUUCUAGAUGAGUCAUUUGUAGUUAUGUUGCAUACUUUUAUUUGAAACACAUGGACUGUUUUUGUGACUUGUGGAUUCUUGUUACAAAAUGCUACACUUUGCUUACCACAUCUGGUGUAAGACUUUUUGGAGUUCUCUUUGUGGAUAGUCCUAGUUACCCCAGAUUGAUCCAUAUUCCAUUGUUUUCUACUGCCAUUAAGUACAAAGGACAUCCCCCAUCCUGGAAAUCCUAAAUACAUGAUCUGAGUGUAUGAACAUUUUGUGUUGGAAAGGGCUGUUAUAUUCCCAUCCCAAAAGCGAUCAAGUUUGGUGGCAUCACACCACCCACGAAAUGCCAAAAUGUAGUUCUGACACAUGCCAUUUCACCAUGACUAUAUCACUUGUAGUUAUCACAUGGCUUGCAUCUUUCAAAUCAUUAUAACACAUUCAACCUUCUGUAAUAAAGGUAGGGUUUGAAUUGUGCCAUACUUGAUUGCAGGAAUUGCUUUGACCGAGUGAUAUUUAUACUUGCAGUAUAACCAUAGUUAUCCACCAUUCAGUAUAUUAAUUUUAAGCAGUACAUUUUUUUAGUACGUGCAUGGGUUAUAAUCAAUACUCAGAGUUUAAAUUUUUUAACUAUCUCGGACGCUUGUGUUUUAUCGAUAUCAAUCAGAUACAAAUCUCCAAGAUUUUUUAUAAAGCUUGUGUCCAACAGUUGCCUCAUGUGGUAGUUGUCAAAUGAAAUAGCUCAGCUGCUCUUUACUCAAUAAUUUUGUAAGAUUUUUGAUGUAUUUUUUCAAAAGUUAAUGUUAGCUUUGUCCAAUACCUUUAAAAUCAGUUCACUUACCAUCAUAACCAACUAAAUAUAUCACCUGUAGACAGUAUUUCGAUCUAGUAUAUUAUCAAUAAAAAUUGGAUAUUACACCGUAUUACUGAUUUCUUCUAUAAGCUAGGCCUUGGAGUGUGUAGUAGUAUCUUUGUUGUCUGUGAGAAACUUAGAUCAAUAUAAAUAAAAGCAUUGAAUAAAAACACAACCUUAACUCAUUUGUUGAGAUUAAUUAAAGCAAAACUGAAGUUUUUGUAUCAAAUUAACUCCUAAACUUUCCAUGUUAAAAGUAAAAAGCCACAAGGUUUCUUCUGUACUAGGAGGAUUUAUUGUGAAUAAACAUGUUAGCUAGGUUUUAAAUGCUAUUAAUACGAUACAAUGUAUUCGUGAAGUACUCGAUAAUAAAGUUAGAAAUUGUUUAAAAAAAAAAAGAAUAUGAAAAUACACAUUCAUGUUGGAACCCCCUCCUCUACGGGACUUGCUGAAAAAAGUAGUUUCGAGUAAUAUAAGCUCUCGUCUACCAGCUAGGUUCUUCCCUAUUUGUAGAUUACCGAAGUAGGACAAAUGCUAGGAUUACUCUGUCUAUAAAGGAACAUCUUCUUAGCUUGUUUACUUAAUUGUUGUUAAAACACGUAUGGUUUACGACUUUAUCAUUUAGAAGUUGUACUUGAAAGUAUACUAGCUUUUUAUUCUUUUAAUCAGCUAGCACACAUGUCGGGUCUUUAUUAGGCUAUGACUUGUGCUGGCAGGUAUAAAGUUAUUUCGAAAAGAAUUUCACAAAUCAUGUGUAAUAUCUUGAGAUAAAUGAUAAAAUACAUGUUUGUAAUCCCACGUAUAAUUAACCUGCAUCCUUGUUGUUACAUUAAUUAAAGAAAUGAAGUUUUUGAUAUGUGGGGGAGACUUUCGGAAGAACGUACCUGUAUAGAACACACUAAGCACUCAAGAAAACCAAAACGAUGAUUAUUAAAAUGUACCUGAUAUUUUUCUUUUAACGUGAUCAAGAACCUUACGUUUCUUGACGAUUAUGAAUUAUCUUUAAUGUUUAAUGCAGGUUUGUGUAGACAGUCUCCUUGCUGUGAUUUGGCAUUUCCCCUCCAAACCAGAUUGAGACAUUUAAACUUUUACUUAAAGAAGAUCCCUUUUAUGUUUCCUAAAUAUUUCGAGAAAAAUGUGUCAUUUGUAAUUUCUUUUGUAUCAGGUAUACUUUGGAGAGAAGAUACUUUUGCCAGACAUUAAUUAGAAAUAUUUGGUUAAAUGAUUAAUAGAGUAGAGCUCAUUUAAGCUACUAUUAUACCAUGUUUCUAACAGACAGAAUCUUGUAUAAUGUGGAGUAAAAGGAGUUAAUUUUUUGUUACUUCAACGUAUGGAAACAACAAACUUAAUUAGACGCUUACUGUUAAGUUUUUUUAUAUUUGAUUAUUAGAUGUGUCAGAGAUUUUACAUGUUGUUGUCUGUUUUACUUGUCAUUGUUGGUUUAUAUAUAUAUAAAACUGUUUAAGGAAUACUGUAAA